UCUAUUACAGUGCAACGAAAAAGACGGCUAACCGGUAGCUGCAGUGUAAGUGGCUACUGGGGCUGAGCUAACAGGGCCAAGUGGGGGAAGCACUCUUCUGCUGUUGCCAAAGCACAAGAUUGAUGUGUCAUCAUGUGGAGGGGGGAGCAACAGGCCUUCCAGGCGCCUGUGGAUGUUCAUGCCAGCGCAGACGGGCAGGUGUACAUGUUCAGGAGGAGGACAAAUGAAUCGGCUGCAUCCUCAGAUGACGAGGAACUCAGCAUUGUGGAGACAAGGCAGAGUAAGCAAGACAGCCAGAGGAAUGUCCAGCUGCUUGAGCAUGAGGUUUUGGAUGGUGAUACCCUCAACAAGCUUGCUCUUCAAUAUGGCUGCAAGGUUGCGGAUAUAAAGCGGGUAAACAACCUUUUUCAAGAACAAGAUUUGUUUGCACUGAAAUUCAUCAAAAUACCAGUUCAGAAGCACAGCUUUAUGACAGAAACACUCUCAGACAGAGGGAACACCCAAGAAGAAGAGCCUCAUCUCUCUCCAUCAGUAGUUGGGCCGCAUGAUAGAGCUCCAGUUGAGCCACAUCUGCAGGAAGCCUCAGAGUUUCUAAUGGAGGUAGACAAUGAUAUAGAAAGGCUGAUUCAAACCACACCUGACCACAGAGAAGAUUUCUCCGGGAACACAGGCAGAUGGACAAGGUACGGUUUUGGAAGACGACGCGCAAUGAGUCAUGGCGCAGACUGGGGUAUCCAGUGGUGGAACGCCUUAAUAGCUGUGCUGCUCAUAGGGAUUGCCCUGCCAUUAUUUUAUUUCAUUUACUUCAAAACUAGGAAUAACAGAGAGGCAUCCUCCACUGUUUCUCAGUCGACCAUCUCCUCAAACACAACACUGACGCUCCUGGUUACAAAACAAGCAGAACGUUUACAUGAUCCUGGAUAAAGUAGGAGAAGACGGAUCUAAAAACAUUAAUAUUUAGUUUUGGUAUUAUGGCUAGGUGAGAAUCAAACUGUAUCUAAACUGCUCAAUAUUUUUGCUAAAGGAAAUAUUUGUCAGCAGAAUCAAUAAUAUUUAUAGUAGUUAGAAGGCCAUAAUGAAAAUUUGCUGUGCAGUGUUUACGCAAUACAGAUUUCUUAUUUAAUUUUUUCUUUUCUGUAAGUUGUUUUUCAGAUUUAUAAAAUGACUAUAUUGUCACAAACAGACACCCUGUGCAAGUACAAACAGAACACAGUUUUUUUAAACAAUUUACCAAAGAAAAAAGCUUUCCAAAUAAACCUGGCACAGUUAUAAAAGAUGUCAUUAAACCCAGUAUCUUAAUAACUGAUGAUGUCACCUUUGGCAACAACCGCCUUCAAGCAAAAACAUAACUAGUUUAGCACUAAUUGGGCAUUAUGUGGCUUUUAAAAUUGAGCCCACCCCCCCAAAAGAAGUAAUGAUUACUGGAAACAUCUUUUUUCAUGUAUAAAUGACCUUAGUUAAUUGUAUUAACUAUGGUUUUCUUUUAAAUCUGAAAUGAAAGCAAAACUACAAAUAUUGUUUCAGAGCUAUCUACAACCAUGAACCUUGAUUAGUUCAUACAGCUUUAUGUCAUAGUUAUGGAUAUAUAUAAAUGGAAAUAUAUCUUUUUUUUUGUUUUUAAGUAAAGUACAAUAGUUUUUUCUGAGAAGCAAAACUUUCUGUUUUUGUUCAGUUGUCUGAACCAUGCAUGGUUGAACUGUAUUUAUCAGAGAUUUUAGGUUACCUGUUUGUAGUCAUACUUCGGACCUUGUGCCUUAUUUAUCAGCCUGACUGCCAAAAGGGUUUGUUUACAGCAGCGAAGCAAUGCGGUAUACUUACCUCAUUUACACUAUCUUACAUUUAAUGCUCAGAGUUUUUACAGUUUUGUUUAUGUAUAGUUAAACUCCAUUGUAAAAAGAUGCUCAGGUUCACUGGUUUGUUUACUUUCUAAUUUCUGAAGUGUUUCAUUGUAAGAAUGCUGCUAAACGUACGACAUCUCAAAUAAGUCAAAUCGUCAGCUAAUUUUACAUGAAAACUGACUAGUGUGAAAGUUUAUAUUUAUUUCUGCACGCUCCAAAUUAAAUUCAAAUGGAAAGUCGGUGUCUGUAAAAUUUUAUCUGACAUGAUAGUAUGACUGGAUAGCACAUAUUAAAACACUAGAACUAAUAUUCAGCAAUGGAGCCGCAAUAAAUUAUUAGUUUUGCUAUUUGGUUAGUUUUGGGAUUUGUUAUGAUUCAUAAUUCAUUACCACAAGGUGCUAAUUAAGAAUUUCUUUACAUAAUUUGAACCAGGUGAAGCUAAAGUUAUGCCACUGUAGGAGUUUUGGAUAAAGCAUAAUUACAUUGUUUUAAAACACAAAAUGUAAUAAAUAUUUAAUGAUUUUGCCUUAA